CUCUCUCUCUCUCUCUUCCUGUCACUGUUCGGAGCUGAGUCCUUUGAUUUCUCAGAAAUUUUUUCCAUCAGAAGUUGCAGAAAUAUAUAACAGAAUCAACGAAAAUUUUUGAACCAUUUUCUGCUUCCCAGAUAUUUUCAAUGGAUCGAAUUUUGGUCGCUUCAUAUCCAAUCAAUCACCUCAUUCGACCGCACAGUUUCCGAAUCGAUCACUGUUGGAGCACUGGUUUCAGGUUGAGUCCCGUUAAAGAGCGGCAGAAACUGAGCUCGAGGUGGCCAUGCCGAUCCAUGGCCUCGGAUUCCACUGACUCUUCUUCUUCUUCUUCCUUCGCUCCGUCUUUAGAAUCUGAUCCUUCUGAUAAAACUUCUGCCAGUUUUUGUAUCAUAGAGGGACCUGAAACAGUACAAGAUUUUGCAAAAAUGGAACUGCAAGAAAUUCAAGAGAACAUUCGAAGUCGUCGUAACAAAAUUUUCUUGCAUAUGGAAGAGGUUCGCAGGCUGAGGAUACAACAGAGAAUAAAAAAUGCUGAACUUGGAAUUUCAAAGGAAGAGCAAGAAAACGAACUUCCAAAUUUUCCAUCAUUCAUCCCAUUCUUACCCCCACUGAGUUCAGCAAACCUGAAGCUGUACUAUGUUACGUGUUAUUCUCUUAUUGCUGGUAUUAUAUUAUUUGGAGGCCUAUUAGCACCCACGCUUGAGCUGAAGUUGGGACUAGGAGGCACAUCAUAUGAAGAUUUUAUUCGUAGUGUGCAUCUUCCAAUGCAGUUGAGUCAGGUUGAUCCAAUUGUGGCAUCUUUCUCUGGAGGAGCAGUGGGGGUGAUCUCAGCACUGAUGGUUGUUGAAGUAAACAAUGUAAAACAGCAGGAGCAUAAAAGAUGCAAAUACUGUCUUGGCACUGGAUAUUUGGCUUGUGCUCGGUGUUCAAACACAGGAGCUCUUGUGCUGAUCGAGCCAGUAUCGACCUUAAAUGGUGAAGACCAGCCCUUAUCACUGCCAAAGACUGAAAGAUGCCAAAAUUGUUCAGGGUCUGGAAAGGUUAUGUGCCCAACAUGUCUUUGCACUGGUAUGGCAAUGGCAAGUGAACACGACCCACGAAUCGACCCUUUUGAUUAGACCCGCUUAAUCGAAUUUGUAUGUAUAUAUAUAUAUAUUUAUAUAUAUUAGAACUUUGUAUACAGAGGACUUCGGUCCUUUGAAGAGAGGAAAAUGUUAGUCCUUAUCUUGUCCAAUAUCAAAUAUAACUAUCCCCAUCUCUAAUUCAUGUUGGUUUGAAAUUUGAUGAGAAUGUUAUGACUC